CGCGCUCGCCGGGCCGCCGCGCCGCGAAGUUCUCCCUCCAUGGAUAAGCCCUCUAGUGAUGGUGGAACAGGAAGAAGACAACUCUAGGCAAACCAAGGAUGAAUCGGGUGCCGGAUGAUGCAGAACGUGCUCACAGCAGCAGUGUGGAAUCCUGCCCUUCCCUGCGUGAUGUCCAUUCCAUCAACCCAGCACAGCUGGUGGCCAGAAUUGAGUCAUAUGAAGGAAGAGAGAAGAAAGGCAUUUCAGAUGUCAGAAGGACUUUCUGUUUGUUUGUUACAUUUGACCUCUUAUUCAUAACUUUGCUGUGGAUAAUAGAGUUAAAUGUAAAAGGAGGCAUUGAGACUACUUUAAAGAAAGAAGUCCUGAGUUAUGACUACUCUUCUUCAUAUUUUGAUAUAUUUCUACUGGCAGUCUUUCGAUUUAAGGUGUUAAUACUUGCGUAUGCAAUGUGCAGACUGCGCCAUUGGUGGGCAAUAGCUUUUACAACAGCAGUGACCAGUGCCUUUUUAUUAGCAAAAGUAAUUAUUUCACAGCUCUUUUCACAGGGUGCUUUUGGCUAUGUGCUCCCCAUCAUAUCCUUCAUACUUGCCUGGAUUGAAACCUGGUUCUUGGACUUUAAAGUGUUACCACAAGAAGCAGAAGAAGAAAACAGAUUUUUGAUAGCACAGGAUGCCUCUGAGCGAGCAGCGCUUCUUCAUCCAGGUGUCUUCUCUGAUGGGCAGUUUUAUUCCCCUCCUGAAUCUGCAGCAGGAUCAGAUGAAGAAUCUGAAGAAAAACAGGACAGUGAAAAACCAAUUGUAUAGCAAAUGGGAGAAAGCAUAAAGAAAAUUUAUGAGGAAGUUGUUGAAAUUCAGAGACUGUGACAACAGAGCAUGUGGCAGACAUGCUGGUGGAGCUGCUAGCAGGAGAACGUGCUCACUGGAAAGCAAAGGGAGCGGUUCCGAUGUACUGUAAUACCUCAGCAAUGUGUACGUUAGUCACAUGUGUAUAUUAGGUUGCCUCAAAGGUGGUAUGAAACUCUUUGUCCAUUAUGUAUUCAGUGAUUCUUGAAGUUGAUCUUCUAAUGACUAGGUAAUUACUGAAACGUGUUGUCUUGUGUACCUAAUCCAAAGACUGGUAAUAUAAUGAAGUAAAACUCCUCUAUGGCGGAUGUAUAUUUAAUGAUUAUUGGGACUCACUAGGUAAGUCUAUUUUAUGUUGCUAGAAAUUUGUCAUUAGUCUUAUG